GACAGUUGUUUUCCACAUUCACUGUUUGUGUGGAUCAAUAUGCACGUCUAUGAUUUUGGUUUGCUGAGCAGUCUGGGAAUUACACUUUGUCAGAAUCUUGAAGGAAGGAGAGGGAGCAUCUUGCAUAUGCCACACAAUAAUCCCUCUUGCAAUAGCUUUCUUCAGUUUAAAUGAAGUUUGGGGCAGGAAACAGCCAGAGUGCCAUUGCUGUGUCUUUGUGAUCUUGAUUGAGGCUCUUGCCAAAGAUGUGAUGCUGCUUUAAAAAACAACAACCCUUCAGAAGUUCAUUCCUGCUAAAAACAACUUUUGGUUCAAUUAAAGUUAAUCAUGCUGGCACCCGCUGCCUGAGCUGAUUGAAAUCUAGCUUGGCUUUAAGUUGAUGACUUCGGGAUGAGGGAUUCUUCAUCCUGUCACUCAUUUCCUCAGAACCAGCUCCUUUCUAGCUUUUCCAGCUGUGAGCACGUGGAGGGACUCUUAAUUUUGUGUGGCUGUUCCUGCGUGGAUCAUACGAGUGUUCUGAGGCUUACUUGCACGGACUGUAGCCAUUUUGGCAUCGUUACCAUGUGUUGGAACGCGAGUCCUCAGAGAUGUGUCUUGCUGCUGCAACUGUGUCUGUUGGGUUUUGCCUGCUGUAUGUCGGCCAGCACAGAAGCUUUGUCCCAGCCUUCCAUCACGGCAGCCUCCUUCCUUAAGGACCUUUUCCUCCGGUAUGGCGAACAUGACAAGCUCACUCUGCAGCAGCUUAAAUCCCUGUUGAACCGCCUCGAUGUGGGAGUUGGACGGAACAACAUUAGCCGCACAGAGCAGCAGAACAGGAACCUCUCCUGGUGCUUCAGUUCAUCAGAGCUUUUUGCUACCCACAAUUUGAGCGAAGGGUCCCACCUCGGCCAGCGUGAGUUCCAAGAGUUCUGCCCAACUAUCCUGCAGCAACUGGAGUCGAAGGCAUGCAGGUCAGAGAACCUAGAGAAUGAAGAAGAUGAGCGGACGGAGGAGGGGAAGCCCAGUUCUGCAGAAGUCUGGGGCUUUGGCUUUCUCAGUGUUUCGCUGAUUAACCUGGCCUCCCUCCUUGGAGUCUUCAUCGUACCCUGCACCAAGAAGGUCUUUUUCGCCCGAAUCCUAACUUAUUUCAUCGCACUGUCCAUCGGAACGCUGUUCUCUAACGCACUGUUCCAGCUGAUUCCAGAGGCCUUUGGGUUCAAUCCUCAGGAAGAUUAUUAUCUCCCCAAAUCUGCUGUCGUCUUUGGGGGCUUUUACCUGUUCUUUUUCACAGAGAAAAUAUUGAAGAUGCUUCUCAAGCAGAAAGACAAGCAUCAUCAUGGGCACAGCCACUACAGCGCUGAGACACUUCCUUCCAAGAAGGACCAGGAGGAGGGAGUCACUGAAAAGCUGCAGAAUGGUGACCUGGAUCACAUGAUCCCUAAUAAGAACAGCGAUCUGGAAUGCAAGGAUCCAUCAGUUGAUGAGAAGAUUGUUAGCUCCUUAUCUGUUCAGGAUCUCCAAGCUUCUCAAAGCACAUGUUACUGGCUAAAAGGCGUACGUUACUCUGACAUUGGCACCCUGGCCUGGAUGAUCACCCUGAGCGAUGGCCUUCACAAUUUCAUUGACGGUUUGGCCAUUGGGGCCUCCUUCACUGUCUCCGUCUUUCAAGGCAUCAGCACCUCUGUAGCCAUUCUCUGUGAAGAAUUCCCCCAUGAGCUAGGUGACUUUGUCAUUCUGCUGAAUGCUGGGAUGACAAUCCAGCAAGCGCUCUUCUUCAAUUUCAUCUCAGCAUGCUGCUGCUACCUGGGGCUAGCUUUUGGGAUAUUGGCUGGCAGCCACUUCUCCGCCAACUGGAUCUUUGCUCUAGCUGGCGGAAUGUUUCUCUACAUUGCACUGGCUGAUAUGUUCCCAGAGAUGAAUGAAGUCAGCCAAGAAGACGAAAGGAACGGCAGUGCCUUGAUUGCCUUUGCUAUCCAGAACGCAGGACUGCUGACAGGAUUUGCCAUCAUGGUGCUGCUCACCAUGUACUCAGGACAGAUUCAGCUCGGAUAGAGGCAUGCAACUUGCUAGCUGCCAGGUGUACGGACUGUGUAAAGCACAGCUUCUCACCAAGGAUUACAGAAAGGGGCAUGUUUAUCCAAUCUGUUUCAUAGACUUCUUAUUGACUGACCUGCAGUGGCUGACGAAACUCCUCGCUGUAGGAUUAAGUGGCCUAACGACCAUGUCCUAGUGUAGCAACAGCAUCCCUCUCCCCUUUCUCCUUCGCAUUCUGAUGGACUCUAGGAAGGAAAAGCUUCCAGUUCUAUUUGUCCUCUAAGGGCCCCAACCAGAGGUGUUUGAGUUCUCGUAUCCUUUUUGGGUUGUGAAUGGAUUACAUGAGCAAAUUUUCUAUGCUAUAAUUGAUAUACCAUUGGAUUUGGAAGCAGGGAGCGCUUUCUUAGAGUUUUAAAAGUGAGCAUCAGUUUUUGGUUGGCUUGUUUGAUUUUAAAAGGUUAAUGGGCCGCAAACCAAAAAUAAAUACUUUUUAAAAUUCCAAAACUUACUAGAAAUGUGGGUAAUAGACAUCCUCUUGGAAAAAGCAUUCCUGUGUGUGUGUGUGUGUGAGAGAGAGAGAGAGAGAGAUUCUAAAAUAUUACAAAUUUAUGAAAGUUUUAAAGUUGAGUAAAAAAGACUUGUGUGAUUAAUUGACCUAGGGUUUCUUUACUCAGGUGCAUUAAUUGCAAACCAUUUGGAAUAUAAAAUAAAGAAAUGCCUGUCCUACAGGAUAGGGUUUUGAUACUUUUUAGUUCCCUGUUUCCAUCUUACGUUCUUAAGAGUACAGUUUUUCCUCGGACAUUGUGGGGCAUGAUCAGCCCUCCCUUUCAAUUUCCUCUGUCUUCCUUCAAAAGAUUCGCACACAUGUGAAGGCUAUGAAAGUGAAGCCCAGAUUUGGCGAGGGGGAUGGUUGCCUUAGGGAGGUUUACUGCAGGAUGAGUCUUCCCAGAGUCACUAGGUGAACUGAACUAUUAUCAUAUUGAUAAUAUCAAGUCCUUCAUCUUCAGUGUGUAGCAAAUUUUCCACCUCACAUAUUCUCUGUAAGAAUGUUGUGGUUGCUCUGAUGUAUAAACGAAAAGAAGCCCACUUCUUUGGCAGCCUAAGUAAGGUGAUGUCUUAUUCUGUCAGAUUCCGCCCCGCCCCCCUCUUGUGGCAAUGUCUCUGUCCUGGUGCACAUGUCAUUUGCUCUCCUCCCUUUCCCCCAUGUUGAUUUGGGAUGCCUCACCUCCUUUAUAUUCUCCUAUUAUGGGGAGGAUUGAACAGGAGCUGGAUCCCACUCUCACUAGGGCCAAGAUAUAUUGAUGCUGAGGUGCACCAGGAGCACUUCUUUCCCCUGUGCCCUAUAACUAAUUGAUAUAGAAUCCACAAGGAAUGUUUCCUGCACAAAUAAAUGGAAGCCGCCCAGGAGCCCUCAGUGAAGACAGGCAUUCGCUUCCUCACUUUACCCAUUUGUAAGGCUGCUGCUUCCUUUUCAACCACGGAUCAUAGGAAACUCUAGACUUUUGAAUGUAUUAGCCCUGGGCUCUAACAAGUCUCUCCUUGGUGUAGAAUAAAUUGCUUUCCUUUCAAGUAAAACACCAAUUGACUGGAAUAAAGUAAGAAUCAACAGCCAUUAGGUAUGAUACAUGAGUAGAUUAUAACUUUUGCAUCGCCAGUAAUGGAUGGUUUAACUAUGCUAGGCUUGGCAAUUCUAACUUGUUGACAGAAGCGUUCUUGCCAUCAUUAACCCAGAUUAGGCAGGGUGGGGUUGGGCUGCUGGGGGAUAUGCACCCCACGGAUCUCUUUAAAGUUCAGUUGUGAGGGUUCAGACAUCCACAGUAUUUUUCAAGCAACUUCUAAGGGCCAAACUAGACAACCAGGAAUUGCAUGAAUAUUUUCUUCAAAAUAAAAGCAGGCAUAAGGUCUCAAUCCAGUUUGGCAGCACGAGGGUGGAAUUAAUACCUCCCCUUACCCAUAUCAGGUCCCUCAAGCCUACUCCUUAAAAAAAAAAGUUCAUGCAAUUGUUAAUAGUGUAAAUGGCAUCUCAUCUACUUUGAUCCUUAGCCAGUUGCUUGUUCUAAUGUACUGAGACAAGAAGCAUUGAUUCCACCUUUCUUUUUUACAGCUCUUGGGAUUAAAGCUCACAUGGGUAGAGCUGGAAAAGAUGGUACUGAUACUAGAAGCACCAAAAGCAAGCACUGGGCCAAAACAGUUGAAUACUAUUAACGUUCAAAAGUAUGACAUAUUCUAAUGCCUUUACCAGGCUCUUUUGGAGAGACUUCUCAAUGUAGCCACCUGAUAAACACUGUUCUCCCAUUUAGGGCACAAUCCUAUGUAUGUUUAGGCAGCAAAAAGUCCUAUAUCUCCCAGCAUGCACCACCCAGCUGAGCAUGCUGGGAGAUGUAGGAUUAUUAUUAUUAUUUUGCCUAAACAUACGCAGGAUGUGCCCUUAAACAAUGACCAUAGGAAAGGCAGGCUUUGAGUAUAGUAGAAAACACAAAGUACUUUAGGGAAGGCCUUUGUAGUUGCAUCCACUCCUUUUCAUAAUAAGGGAGCACCAACUUGAGUUUUCUCAACAAGUUAUAUUGCAAAUUGCUACGUCUCCUUUAGAGGACUGCUGCUAGUGUUGAGUAUUCACUAGCCAUUCAUUAUUCAUUCAUUUCUACUAGCACAAUUGGCUAUAAUAUAGUUACUAGAGUUAGAAGGUACAAUUUGCAUAUGGCAGAAAUUGGAAUGUUUACUCUGUUGUUUGGAUCUUGGUAGCCGUUUUAAAUAAAGAGGCUUAAAAUAGAAUUUUACAGUAGACCUGCCUGAUCGCAUAGUCAUAUUAGUUUGAACCAACCUAUGUUGUUAAAAACCAUUAACUCCAUUUUAUUCAAUAAUUACCAGGAUCUUUCUAAUGCCACCCCAUUAUAAUUUCUAAGGCACACGUAUAUUUACGUUCAUUACAGACCCACCCCCUUUUUUUAGUUUAUUUAUCUUACCUAUGUGUGAAUCAGCCUAACUUGGGAAACCCUCAUUCAGACUUUCCAGUGGGGUUCUUUGAUUAUCCUCAUCCUUGGCAUGUUAAUACUAAAUAUACCAAAAUAAAGAUAAUCCUUUGUUCCUGAAAAGCUCAGAAUUGAUUAGCCCAGCAUUAAUUGUUCGGUCCUUGUUCUUUGACUUAAGAGUAAAUUGAUGAAGUAUGAUGGAAUCUUAGAAACUAGCCUUUCAGACAUUUUUUUUUUCCAGAACAGUAGUAAGGAGGCGAGUCUCUGGCCAGUAAGAUUGUAGCUGCAAUGCUGACCUAGCCAGGUCAACACCUGUAUGUGUAGGUUUACAUUCUGAUAUCAAUCCAGCAUUUACACUGGGUAGGAACUUGAUACCUUUGUUAAAUGUCUUCACCUCAACUAUACAGAUUCCUAUCCUAAGCUAGUUACAGCUGUUUACUACUAUAUUUACAUAGUUUUGAGUCGCCUUUCGUUAUGGAACUGAAUUAAGUUCAUUUUAAGUCAAAGGACUGCCAGUGUUGUCUGGCAACUGGGACAGUACAAAAGUAAUUAUGAAACCCCUACACAGAUUUCAUGUGCAGCCUGACCCUAUGUGUGUUUCCUCAGAAGCAAGUCCCAUAGAGUUCAGUGGGGCUUAGUCCCAGGGAGGUGUGCAUAGGACUACAGCCUUAACAUUGAUAGAGCUGAAUGAGGCUGUAGUUGCUGCACAUGGCAUUUUAGAGGGUCUACACAGAAGAUACUCUUUCUUCUGCCAAAAGCAUUUAACCUUCAGGAAUGGGAUUGAGAGGGAAGAAACCAGAACUGACCAAACUGUGAGGAAGCUUUGAUUUUUAUUUGUAUUUCUAAUGUGUCUGAUUUCGAGAUGGUUGAUUCCUCCCCCCACAACUCAGUAUUUGAAUAACUCAGGUGUUGUAAGAAAACUUGCUGAAACAAAGAACAUAACUUAUGUCAUGUGACUUGUAAAGUUAUUUGUAAAAUUCCAUGAAUAAACUAUA